CUCUCUCUUGGUCAGUCAUUAGCAUUCCACAGAAGUUAAGUAAAUUGAAAACACACAGCACUGCAAAGGAAGGAAACUGGGCUCUCAACGAACGCUUUCUGCUGACAUGGUCCGUCUGCCUAGCCUCCCCAUGCACAGAGCCGGCCCUCUUGACGGGUAGAUUGACUUGGGUUGAAUCCAUAACUGACACACAGGGAAUUCCAGAGAGAUCGCUGGAGGAGAUCUUAGGGCAGACGACUCCCAGAGACGUUUUUAAAUUGCCCAUUGCAUUGCUGACAUUGGAAGACAGCUGUUCCACUGCUGAAGUUCACACUGAAUUGCACCGGAGAGAACUCUGCCAUGGUUGCAACAAGACCACUCGGGGUUUGGAGCCUGCUGCUAGGGCUGAGUCUUCUUAUACCUGCUCAGAGCAAGGAAAAGGAAUCACUGAGCAAUGCCACUUCAGUGCUUAAGCUGGAGCAAGUGAGACCAACCCCAGAAGAUCGUGGAGAUCAAUCCCCAAACCCAGACUUUUGCGACUUCACAUUUCACCUCCCUUGGUCUGAGAGCUUUUGCACGCCGACGACCCAGGCAACCGCCACACCAGCCUCUCAGGAAGAGCUGGACCAUCUCAAGAUCUUGUUGGAGGACAUUGGAGGCAACCUGAAGACCCUUCAGGAGGCUGCUGCUCUGGAGGCCGGCGAGUCCAGGUACCAGGACAUCGUUUCCCAAGCCCUUCCGGAUGUGAGAGAGGCCAACGGGGCGUUCCAUGAGAUCCUUGGGAAGUUCCUGCAGGAGUUGGAGGAACACAUCCAUGCAGAUGAUCAUCUCCACGCAGAGGACGAGAAAAAGAAGUUAAACGAACACUUGCGGGGAAUGGACAGGAUGCUGCGGGUCACCAGCCACCUGGCCGAGCAGCUGGACCAAGCAUCCCAGGACCUUUUGGUGAAGAUGACCAGCCUUUCAGAGAAACCAGCCAGCCGUGUGGAAGGAAGUGCCUUGCAGACAUCUUAGCCGCACAUCCUGUUCUCUGUCCGCAAAAGCAUUAAAAGAAAGGUCUCAGCAUUCAUUGAAUCGGCUCCAGUAAUUCCUGAUGGUUUUUUCCGUGUGCACGUACUUUCCUCAUCUCAUGGGGACACUGAGUGGGUGCUCAAAGAAGCCUCGUCUUUUACAGUUCUUGCGCACGUCUGCACAAUGCAGCAAAAUCCCACACUAAAAGCAGUACCAGGUGCUAAUUCUCGGCCCUAGGGUAGGGGUGGAGGGUAGGGAUUUAAGAAGGCAUCCGUUUCCAAUCCAGCCCAUAACUGUCUCACACAGCACUGUUUCCAUUCUGCUGCAUUUCCUCUUCUGCCAAAAAUGAUGCCAUUCACCUCCCUGCCUCCUGUGGCAAAAUCCUGUAACUUACAUAAAUCAUACCUGUGAUUCCUGCAUCCCAGGGAGUUGGACUAGAUGACUGCUGGAGUCCUUUCCAGCUCUACGAGUCAAAGAACCUAUGGUACAUGCAACUUAUAUAUAAUACCCAGCAUCUUCAGGUAGGGCUAUUCCUUUCUGAAACCAUGGAGAGCAUCUGCCAGCCAGUGGGGUACAGUAUGUGGACCAACGUCUUAUGCAUGAAUCAUAGCACUGUAGGGUUGGAAGGAACCCCAAGGGUCAUCUAGCCCAACCCCCUGGUUGCUAUUGUUGCAUUUAUAUUCCUCCUCUCCUUCCAGGCACUCUUGGCAGUGUACAUAAUUCUCCACCUCCUUGCUUUAUCCUCACAACAACCCUGCAA